AAGCCCUUGGUCUCCGUCCAUGAAGACUUGUCCACCAUGUUUUAUGGGACUCACUUCAUCAUGUCUCCACCCACCAAGGGCAAGCUGAAGCGGCAGAGCCAGCUCUUGUCUAGCAUGCUGUCCCGGACACUGAGCUACAAGUGUCGGGACCUGGACCCCACCUUGUCCAGCCUGGGUUCCUGCGAUGACCCUGCUGAGCUCUCCACCCAGCUUUCGGCCCCUGGGGUCCUGAAGGUGUUUGGGGACAGUGUCUGCACGGGCACCCACUACAAAAGUGUCCUGGCCACUGCCACCUCUAGUGCCCAGGAACUGGUGAAGGAGGCACUGGAACGUUAUGCCCUGGACCCCGAGUGUGCCAGACAGUAUGUGCUGUGUGAUGUGGUGGGCCAGGCCGGGGACCCUGGGCAGCGGUGGCAGGCCCAGUGCUUUCGGGUGUUUGGGGACAAUGAGAAGCCCCUCUUGAUCCAGGAAUUAUGGAAGCCCCGAGAAGGCUUAUCCCGGAGGUUUGAGCUGAGAAAGAGGUCAGAUGUGGAAGAGCUGGCAGCCAAGGACGUGGAUACCAUCACGGCAGGGAUAAACGCCCAAGCCCGGAGGCUGCAGCGGAGCCGUGCGAAAGGAACCCCAGCCCUGGCCCUGGGGGUUGCUCAGAGCACCCCUCCGCCCCGGCUGCGCCGCACAGUCAGUGAGACCAGCCUGAGCCCGGCUGGCACCCUGCCCAACGACACCCAGGACCCCGAGGAACCUGGCCAGGACGCCAUGCGCUACUCCCUGUACCAGUCCCCACACCUGCUGCUCCUGCAGGGCUACAGCCAGCAGCACGACAGCCUGGUGUAUGUGCUCAACCGGGAGCGGCACACGGUGGGCCAGCGGACCCCGUCCAGCAAGCCCAGCAUCAGCCUCUCAGCACCCGAUAUCCUGCCCUUGCACUGCACCAUCCGCCGACACCCGCCUCCGGGCAGCAGCCAGGCCGGCGGGAUGCUGGUGCUGGAGCCCAUCCCCGGGGCACCUGUGUCAGUCAACUUCUCCGAGGUGGGGCAGAGGACGGUGGUGCUGCACCAUGGGGACCUGCUCUCCCUGGGCCUCUACUACCUGCUGCUGUUCAAGGACCCUGUACAGGCCCAGCUGCUGCCCACCCGGGCCCUGGCUCAUCUCCGCUCCGUGCCACAGAGCUGCAGGCUGUGUGGCGCUGAGCUCAGGGCCCAGGGCAUUGCUUCUGCCUCACCAGCUGUUCUGCCCCAGUGGCGGCAGCUGCACCUCGAGUUUGAGUCCGACCUGGAGGAUAUGCUGCUACAAAGGAUCAUGACACUGAUCGAGCCAGGGGGCGAUGACCACAAGCUGACCCCUGCCUUCCUCCUCUGCCUCUGCAUCCAGCACUCGGCCACCCACUUUGAGCCAGGCACAUUUGGACAGCUCCUGCUCAAGAUAGCCAAGAUGAUCCGUGAGACGGUCUGGGAAAAAACCAAAGAACUAGCAGAGAAGCAGGCGCAACUCCAGGAACCCAUCUCCUUGGCCAGCUUUUCCAUGGCUGACCUAGUUCCAGACCUGCAGCACAUUCUUUUCUGGAUGUCUAACUCCAUCGAGCUCCUGUACUUUAUCCAGCAGAAAUGCCCACUCUACAUGCAGAGCAUGGAGGAGCAGCUGGAUGUCACAGGCUCGAAGGAGUCGCUGUUCUCCUGCACAUUGACAGCCAGCGAGGAGGCCAUGGCGGUGCUGGAGGAGGUGGUGCUAUACUCCUUCCAGCAGUGCGUGUACUACAUCUCCAAGUGCCUGUACGUCUGCCUCCCAGCCCUCUUGGAGUGCCCCCCGUUCCAGACGGAGUGCCGGGAGAGCUGGUGCACGACACCUGCGCUGCCAGAGGAGGUGCGCCGCGUCGUGUCUGUCUACCAGGCGGCCCUGGACCUCCUGCGGCAGCUGCAGGUGCACCCUGAGGUCACCUCCCAGAUGCUCGCCUACCUGUUCUUCUUCUCCGGCACUCUGCUCCUCAACCAGCUCCUGGACAGGGGCCCCUCCCUGAGUUGUUUCCACUGGCCUAGAGGUGUCCAGGCCUGCACCCGCUUGCAGCAGCUCCUGGAGUGGACAAGGAGCACCGGCUGCGGGGUGGCUGGAGAGCACUUCUUCCGGAAGCUCUCCUGCACCCUUAACCUGCUGGCCACUCCCAGCGCCCAGCUUAUCCAGAUGAGCUGGGCAUCCCUAAGGGCUGCGUUCCCUGCCCUGCGCCCCGCACAGCUGCACCGGCUGCUGACUCAGUACCAGCUGGCCUCGGCCAUGGGCCCCAUGAGUGCCUGGGAGCCAGGGGCCCCAGACAGCCCUGCCACCUUCAAGUCAGAGGAUGUCCUGGAGUCCUAUGAAAACCCCCCACCCAUCGUUCUGCCAAGUGAGGGCUUCCAGGUGGAUUUGGAAGCAGACUGCCUGGAUGACCGCAUCUACCAGCACAUCCUCUAUAUCCGCCAUUUUCUGUGGAGCCUGCGGAGCAAAGCCAGCCCUGGCGGCGGGCCUGCCCAGCCAGAGUGCCUGGAGGAUGCCAACCACAUCAUCCCGGAGGGGCAUCUGGAUGCCCAGAGCUGCCCCCUGGCUUCCAGGGACCCCAGCAGGGGAGCCCGAGAAGCCACCCUGGCACGCUCUCUUCCUUCUGCCAGGGCUCCCCUGGCACAGGGCCCCCUGGGAAGGCAGCCAGGCCGCGGGGGCCGUGGGGGUUCCCAGGCCGGACCCCUGCACAUGGACUCCUCAUGCCUGCUCACACCUCCCAGCACCCCACUUGGACUUGAGCCCAGAGGCCCUGACUGGACAGAGCUCAGCAGCAACUGCGGGAAAGCACUUCUGGAAGUGCAGAGGAAUGGCCCGUGUGGUCCCCGGGAAGCAGCUCUGGAAGGAGACUCUGUGGCCCCCAUGGAUGAGCCGCCUCUGGCCACUUCGAGCCGCAGCUCCAGCACUGAUGACUUCUGCUAUGUCUUCAUGGUAGAGCUGGAGCGAGGCCCCUCGGGGCUGGGAAUGGGCCUGAUCGAUGGGAUGCACACGCCCCUGGGCACCCCAGGGCUCUACAUCCAGACCCUGCUGCCAGGCAGCCCUGCGGCGUCUGACGGGAGGCUGUCGCUGGGAGACCGCAUCCUGGAGGUGAACGGCAGCAGCCUGAUGGGCGUCAGCUACCUGAGAGCUGUCGAUCUGAUCCGACACGGCGGGAAGAAGAUGAGGUUUCUGGUUGCCAAGUCUGAUGUGGAAACAGCCAAGAAAAUCCGCUUCUGCACGCCCCCUCCCUAGGGUGGUCGUGCCCCGCUUCCCUGAGCUUCUGCAGGUGACGCUGACCUUCAUCGAGCUGUUCGUCAUUUUUUAAAAUUAAUCAGUCAAGUUCUCCUUUGGUGGCAUCGCCUUCAGGACAUACCCUGUUGAUAAUGUACAUUUUAGUGUAUAUUUUAUUUAUAUGACAGAUAACACUAAGUUGUGAUGUUUAUUACAGA